UGAGAAAGGGUGCACAAAAAUGAAGAGUGCAAGAAAAGAAUAAGCAUCUGCAAGUUUUCAAGUGCCGGUCACCUCUUUCAGAUGGCAAUGGUUUAUCUUCGUCCUAGCAAACCCUCAAAUCACUUGCUCAUUCCCCUUAACUCUUCACAAUUAUCAAGUAGGGGAAUUUUUUACAUUGGGUAUGGCUAUUCCGGAAGUUGAUAUGAAACUGCUUGAAGAGCUUCAGGCAAUGGGUUUUCCGCUAAACCGAGCAACAAGAGCUCUUCACUUUUGUGGUAAUUCUAGUCUUGUGGAUGCUAUAAAUUGGGUCAUUGAUCAUGAGACUGACGCCGACAUAGAUGAGAUGCCCUUGAUCCCAGUGAACAUUGAAGUCCAAGCUCCUGGACCUUUUUUUAUGACUGAACAAUUGAAAUUAAAAGCACAUGAACUGAGAAAUCGGGCACAGGGGAGAACAGGAAUAGGAGAGAAGCAGUCGGAAAGAGAAAAGGAGAGGAUUAAAAGAAGUAAGGAAUUGCUGGAGGCUAAACGAAUUGCUGAAGAAAAUGAGAGAAAACGCUUUAUAGCCUUGAAGGAAGCAGAGAAAGCGGAAGAGAAGAGAGCACGAGAGAAAAUUCGUCAAAAACUACAACAAGAUAAGUUAGAAAGAAGAAGUAAACUUGAAUUGCCUCCGGAUGAUCUGGCAUCUGUCUACCCUGCCAUAUCUAUGAUUCAAAAGCAAAAGGAUCCAUUGCCUAAGGCUGUUCAGUUACCUAAGAAGUUUACUACAAAGGCAGAGCUUAUGAGUGAAUGUUUACGAUCUCUGAGGCGAAAGAACAAGCAUGAUGAGGCCGGAGUGAGGAAGGCCUUCCAGACUCUUUUAUAUUACAUCACAAAUGUUACCAAGGACCCUGGCGAGGAAAGGUUCCGGAGAAUUCGACUGAGUAAUCCAAGAUUUGUGGACAGAGUUGGGCGUUUUAAAGAAGGCGUUGAUUUUCUUGAGCUAUGUGGAUUUGAGAGAACAGAAGGUGACAAGUUUUUAUACCUUUCUAGAGACAAAUUUGAGGCUGAAACAUUCAGGUCAGCCGGGACACAGUUAGAGUCUGCAAUAACAAACCCCUUCUUUGGGCUUAUAUCAAGCUAAGGGAGCACUAAAAUACAUUUAUUAUGACAAAACUUGUCACUAUAAAUGAACUAUUGGAUAUUCAUUUUACAAUUCUUAACUCUUGACAUGUUACUGUAUUAAUUAUUAUCUUUUGCUAAUAACAAAUUUGCCAAGUAAA